AUGAAGCCUAAUACAAUUAAUAUUCAAGAAUUACACUGUGCCACGGGUUUGUGUAAUAUUGGGAACUCAUGCUAUAUGAAUUCAAUUAUUCAAUGUUUACUUGGUACCAUCCCGUUAUUGCAAAUAUUCUUGAACGGGUCAUACAAACAGCAUGUUAACAUAAACAGCAAGCUAGGCACAAAGGGUAUUAUGGCAAAAUUCUUUGCUGAAUUGGCACAAUCUGUUUUCCAAAAAUCAAACUCAAUCUAUGAGCCACGAAAUUUUAAGAUUGCAGUCGGUUCUAUCAAUUCGAUGUUUAAAAAUGACGAUCAACAGGAUUGUUCUGAAUUUUUGAAUUUUGUUCUAGAUGGUCUUCAUGAAGAUCUAAAUGAAGCUGGUAAUAGACCAAGGCUUAAAGAAUUAACAGAAGAAGAAGAGAGUUAUAGAGAAAAAAUGCCAAUUAGGUUAGCAUCAACUAUUGAAUGGGAAAGAUAUCUCAAGACAGAUUUUAGUGCAAUAGUAUCUUUCUUCCAAGGUCAAUACUCUAGUCAGUUGAAAUGUCUAGAAUGUGGUACCACAUCGACAACAUAUCAAGCUUUUUCAGUAUUGAGUUUACCAAUCCCAGAAGGGUUUUCAAAUAGACCUGUUGAUAAAAUACCCUUGGAUAAGUGUUUGGAGGAAUUUACAAAAUUAGAAAUUUUGGAUGGUGAAGAUAGAUGGAAUUGUUCCAAAUGUAAAAAAUUAAGAAAAUCAACUAAAAAGAUCACCAUAACGAGAUUACCAAGCAAUUUGAUCAUUCAUUUGAAAAGAUUUAAAACUGGGAUGAAUUUACAAAAAAUCACUAAAUUUAUUGAUUAUCCAUUUGAAAUGGAUUUGACAAAAUAUUGGCCGAAAGUUACAACUAAAGAUGAAGCUCAACAACUUUUAAAUUUCCCAAUAAGAGGUCAAACACCACCUUUUUCAUAUUCACUUUAUGGAGUGUCAAACCAUUCAGGUACACUUGGAAGUGGACAUUAUACUUCAUAUGUAUGGAAAGGAUCAACUAAGAAAUGGUGUUAUUUUGAUGAUACGAGAGUUGUUAAAGAUGUUGCAAAGACUUAUGUUGUUAACAGUAAUGCAUAUGUUUUGUUUUACACAAGAAAAAAUUAA